GUCAUGGCGAAGAGGGCGGCGGGGGGCUCCGCGGCCCCCCAGGCGGAGGACUUCUCCUUCGUCAGCCCCCUGGUCAAGUACCUGCUCUUCUUCUUCAACAUGAUCUUCUGGAUGAUUUCCAUGGUGAUGGUGGCCAUCGGGAUCUACGCCCGGCUGAUGAAGCAUGCAGAAGCGGCCAUGGCUUGUCUGGCGGUGGACCCGGCCAUCCUGCUCAUUGUGGUGGGCGUCCUGAUGUUCUUCAUCACUUUCUGCGGUUGCAUCGGCUCUCUGCGCGAGAACAUCUGCCUGCUGCAGACGUUCUCAGUCUGCCUGACAGUCAUUUUCCUCCUCCAGCUGGUGGUCGGCGUCCUGGGCUUCGUCUUCUCUGACAAGGCCCGCGGGAAAGUGAGCGAGAUCGUCAACAAUGCUAUAGUGCAUUACCGGGACGACCUGGAUCUCCAAAACCUGAUCGAUUUCGGCCAGAAGGAGUUCAGCUGCUGUGGGGGCGUCUCCUACAAAGACUGGUCCCAGAACAUGUACUUCAACUGCACGGCUCGCAACCCCAGCCGGGAACGCUGCUCUGUGCCUUAUUCUUGUUGCUUGCAGGCCGAAGACCAGUUGGUCAUCAACACCAUGUGCGGUCAGGGCAUGCAGGCCCUCAACUACCUGGAGGCCGGCGAGUUCAUCUACACCAACGGCUGCAUCGACAAGCUGGUGAACUGGAUCCAUAGCAACCUCUUCCUGCUCGGCGGGGUUGCCCUUGGCUUGGCCAUUCCCCAGCUGAUUGGGAUCCUGCUCUCCCAGGUCCUUGUCAACCAGAUCAGAGACCAGAUAAAGCUGCAGUUGUACAACCAGCAGCAUCGAGCGGAUCCCUGGUACUGACUGGAUUUCUUCGCCGAG